GUUAUGAGGAGUUGUUGUAGUAGUAGAGAUAGAGAUCGAAUCAGCGAUUUGCCGGAUGAGAUUCUUGGCAAAAUCCUGUCAUUAGUUCCGACAAAGGUAGCUGCUUCGACAUCGGUUCUGUCCAAGAGAUGGAGGAUGAGUAAUCUGCUGGUUCAUGUAGACACGCUUAGCUUUGAUGAGUCCAUGGUUGUGUAUCCCAACGAAGAAGCAGUCAGUGGUUCUUCAGACCGCUUUUUAGAAUUCCUAGACAAGACGUUAAGAAACUGUCCCACCAAGACGAUCAAGAAGUUCUCUCUGAGUCAUCGAGGAGGCCGUUCCACUAAGUCCCCUGCUGUCUACGCUUGGAUCUUGAGUGCAAUGGAGGAAGAAGAAAGUUUAUUGGAACAAGUACGCUUGGAAUGCACCAGAAUUGAAGUUAGUUUAGAGAGAAAGUUGUUAACGAGCAACACACUUGUUAAGCUCACUCUAUCCCGUGAAUAUUGUCUUGAAGUCGACCGUGUGUACUUCCCUGCCCUCAAAUCACUUUCUCUCUUAACUGUUGGAGGCCUUGAUUAUAACAACUAUCGCCGCCUCAUCAAAGGCUGCCCUGUCCUCGAAGAAUUAUUCAUAACUGACAUCGGUGCUGAUGCUGUUGAUCCUUAUCCUCCAUGUUGCACAGCCUCUGUCAAAAGUGCUUCCAUCAAACGACUUGUGGUCUCUGUCGAUAUGCCCUAUGGUGGUCCUCGUAACGAACAUUCUUUUCGAGAUUUACAUUAUCAAAGUUAUGUUAAAGCACCAAGUCUUGUCUACCUUGACUAUUCUAG